AUGGAGCCCGACCAACAGCAUUCUCCCGGGUUCAGCUCGUGCUGGUCUGAAACCGGAUUCAAUCUCGGUUCGCGAUUAUUGGUGCUCAAGGGUGAACCAAGUGAAAUAGUGAUUCAUUGCUUGAAGGAGUGGAACAUAAACAAGCUAUGCUUUGAAUUUGAUACAGAACCAUAUUAUCAAGCUUUAGAUGAUAAGAUCAAGAGCUAUGCUUCUUUAGUUGGUAUAGAGAUAUUUUCUCCAGUGAGUCAUACACUCUUCAAUCCUGCAGAGAUCAUCCAGAAGAAUGGGGGGACACCACCUUUAAGCUAUCAAUCGUUUAUCAAAGUUGCUGGUCAACCCUCCUGGAGUUCAUCUUGCCUUUCAACUUCGCUUUCUUGUCUUCCUCCUCCUGGAAAUCUUGGGAGUUGCACCAUCUCUGAAGUUCCAUCAUUAAAUGACCUUGGUUACGAGGAAAGUGAAGAGCAGGAUGAAAGGACUCCUAUUAGAGGUGGUGAAUCAGAAGCUUUGAGGCGACUGAGUGAAUCAAUUGCUGACAAGGACUGGGUAGCAAACUUUGAGAAACCCAAGGGGGAUCCAUCUGCAUUUCUAAAACCAGCUACAACUGUUUUGUCACCGUACUUGAAAUUCGGUUGUCUUUCACCCAGGUACUUCUACCAGUGCAUUCAGGAAGUUCAGAAAAAUGUUAAGAGGCACACGUCUCCACCAGUUUCCCUUCUUGGACAGUUACUGUGGCGAGAUUUUUUCUACACAGUUGCUUUUGGCACCCCCAAUUUCGAUAAGAUGCGUGGAAAUAGAAUAUGCAAGCAGAUACCAUGGGAUAGCAAUGAUGAGCUGCUAGCAGCUUGGAGAGAUGCAAGGACAGGUUUUCCCUGGAUUGAUGCCAUUAUGGUUCAGCUUCGGAAGUGGGGUUGGAUGCACCAUCUUGCAAGGCAUUGUGUUGCUUGCUUUCUAACGCGUGGAGAUCUGUAUGUGCAUUGGGAGAAAGGCCGUGAUGUCUUUGAGAGACUUCUUGUUGAUUCAGAUUGGGCAAUAAAUAAUGGGAACUGGUUAUGGCUGUCAUGUUCAUCCUUUUUCUACCAGUAUAACCGCAUUUAUUCUCCUAUCUCUUUUGGGAAAAAAUAUGAUCCCAAUGGCAAUUAUAUUAGGCAUUUUCUUCCUGUGUUAAAAGAUAUGCCAAAGGAGUAUAUUUAUGAGCCCUGGUGUGCUCCUCUAAGCAUCCAAACUAAAGCUAAAUGCAUAAUUGGAAAGGAUUAUCCGAAACCAGUGGUUUCCCAUGAUUCUGCAAGCAAGGAAUGUCGAAGGAGAUUAGCUGAAGCAUAUGAGUUAAACAAAAAACAAAAUGGCACGGUGAGUGAGGAAGAUCUGAAGAAGUUGAGAAGAAAACUGGAGGAAGAUAAGAUCCAAGAGUCCAAAUCAAAAAGAUUAAAACAAAAGUCGAUAGGUUGAGGUCAAGAUUAAUUUCAUGUUAGCAGGCAGGAAAAUAACGCUGAAGGAUUAAUGAUAGAGUUGUACUAUGAUCACCUUCAUGGGAGGAAAGAAAAAGGCAUCUUUUUUGUGAUCCCUUGAUCAGAAGCCGGAUACCAAUGGAAGCUGCAGUAACCAUCUUCGGCAAUGAAUCUCGGUGGUAACAUUUGAUUGCUUGGGCUUUGAUUUCAGCAGAUAGGUUCUCUUUAAUCCAAAAUCUAUCUGGAUUCUAUAAAUGUCUAGUACCUUUAAAUUGGGAACACGACUCUCAUCAAUAGUUCUCUGCAGUGGAUUUAGGAAUUUAUGCGUAUUAUGCUGGCACAAACUAAUGUCCUUCAAUUAGCUAUUAUAAAGCCAUUGCUGAUAUAGACCAACAAAAAUCGGUCUGGCAAAUCUUCUC